AGGCCAAGCCAGAGAGCUGCACUGCUCACCUCCUCUGCACUGGAACAGUCCCUCUAGCUCUUAAAAAAAGAGCUUGAAUCUAUACAUCCAGAAGAAGUGGGAGGCAGAAAGAAGACAGAGAGAUGGAUGACAGCAGGGGAAAGGCGAGGCUGUCUGGUUGAAGUGGCAUCAGAUGUGCUCUGCUGGUGACUGAGAGGCUUGAAAGUGCCAUCAUGAGCUCCCAUGUGGGAGCUUCUGGUGUAAACGGCUCAAGCAGAGUUGGAGGUAGUGGAAGUGAGGAUGGCAGUGAAGAAAACAGUAACAAUGAGACCCAUGCUUCGUGCUAUAAGGCAGCAAGGCCUGUUCUGAGGAGUGCAGAUUCGACCGGAGAGGGACGCUCGAGCAGCGUGGAGCAGCUGGCAAGGCCUGCCCUACCUGGGAGGAAAGCUUUUAAAAAGAGCUGCAGUGAAAACAACAGAGGAAGAUGGAGAGAGGGAAACCAAGACAGGAGUGAAGGGAGACUAAGUGCUGAACAUUUAGGAGGAAAGCCAAGACAGAGAACAACAGAACAAGCUCAGACACACAGAGAAGGAGCCCAGGAUAGACAGGGAAGCACUGAAAGUUUAUCCAGUAGUAACUCUGACAUUCAAGUAAGCAGCAUUUUGGAAAUUGGAGAGGGAUCAAACAGCUUGCAGAGAGGACACACAUGUCCAAGACAUCAGUGCAACGGCUACACUCGUACCGUCUCUUCCAGUUUAAGCUCUCGCUCUCCUCGGCCUGCUGUCCGAACCAGGUCUUCACCUCAGAGAGUAUCCUCCAGGUCAUCUGCAGGGGACUUGCACAGCUUCUCAUUCACUUCAUCCAGAGAGCAAGAUCCAUUCUGGGUGGAGGUGAGAACAGGGGCAACAAUCGGACGUUCAUCGCAAAGCCAUCACUGUCAGACACACCUACCGUCUCUCACCUUCUCAGAGUUAGGAGAGGAAGAAGAAGAGGAUGAGGAAGAUGAGGAGAACGUGGAAGAUGGUGAGGAAGGGGCCAGCGGGGUGAUGGAGGUGAUGAGUCAACCCAUGACGUCAACAUUGGUGCUGCCUUACAUUCCUCACGGAGAGAGGAGGAUAAGCAAAAGAGAGAAGAACAGGAUUAAAAGUUUGAGGAGGAGGCAAAGGAGAAGAGAGAAGUGGAGACAAAGUCAACAGCAGGAGAGCAGACAGAGUUCAACAGGGAACCAAUCCAGCAGCAGCAGCGAGGACGACGAGGGCCUGAGCGCCAGCGACAGGGAAGGUUACAUCUGCGCUGUGUGCUUGGACGUGUACUUCAGUCCUUACAUGUGUCAUCCCUGCAACCACAUCUUCUGUGAACCCUGUCUGAGGACGCUGGCUAAAAAUAGCCCCACUAAUACCCCGUGCCCCCUGUGCAGAACCAUCAUAACACAUGUCUUCUUCCAAAAGGAGCUGAACCAAACGGCAAGGACGUUCUUCCCAAAGGAAUAUCUUUCUCGGAAACAGAACUUUCAGAAAGCAAGCUGUGCCAAGUGGCCUCUCCCAAGUUGCAGGAAACUCUUCCGCAUCUUUGGUGGCUUCCAGAGGCAGUCCAGUCCUAUUGCCAGGCGCCAGUUCCCCCAUGGAGGAGGCUACCGUAUGGACGCCAUUGACUUCGAGGAUGACUCUCGAGGCUGGCGAUUCGACAUGGACAUGGUCAUCAUCUACAUCUACUCAGUCAACUGGGUCAUUGGCUUCUUCAUAUUCUGCUUUCUCUGCUAUCUCUUCUUCCCUUCUUUUUGACAGAAGCAAUUAUGGGGCAACACAGACAGAGGAGAGCUUGAAGAGGAAUGAGGGUAAAGUAAUAAAAUAAGGAAUUAAAGAUGAAGCAGAGGGCACUCGUGCUUAUAUGUAAGUGGAAAAGGGGGAGCUAAGUUGUAGAGGUUAAUGAGAUACCAGUGAGUGAAUUUCAAGCAGGUGGGAUGGUGGAGGGAAAACAACAACAGUGUGCCAGCUUGUUGCUUCUCAUUAAUAAAUAAUUGAAAUGGGGAAAUGGUGUAGGGCAUGUUUGGGAAUCCAAUGUUCUGUGUUCUCUGUCUCCACAUGAUGCACAUGUAAUGUGGGUUGCACAACAUGUCCUGUCCCUGUAUGGAGGAGAGCUAUUGCAACAGCUCUUAGCUUGUAGUGUUUCACCUACAAUAUCAUCCCAUUAUGGUUUUAUUUAAUGCUGGACUGCUCCUAGACAAACUAUUUUCAUAAUGUAUAGUGACAAAUUCACUACUAGGAAUUUUAUACAAUAAUGAAUGGAAUGGAAAAUUCCAAGUUGCUGUUAUUAUAACUGCACAACUUAGACCCAUUACUAAUGGCUCAUUGCAGGAUGUGCAACUGACAACAGAACAUAUAUUUAUGCUUUUUUUAUAUACGACAAUCAGUAUUUGUAAAAUGAUAUUAAAAUGCAUUUUCAAAAUAAUAAAGUAAUUUGGAAAAUGGAACAAAUGCA